AUGACCCUUUCUCCAGCUCAAUUAGAAUGUAUCCUCAAUAAACAAUUCCCUAUCGGAUUAGAUUCGGCUGACUCACAUAACAUGUUACAGUUCUCUCAAAUAAAGAAAUGUGCCAGUACAAGUCUCCAAAAGGUAAAUGAUGUAGAUCAGAAUAGUACACAAAGACCACAGGCGACCUUGACAGACUCGAAACUGACAGAAUUUACGAAGAUGGGUCGUGAAGACAAAUUUCCUGAUAAGAAUCCAUAUCCCUUAACAUCCUUCAUUCUAAAUGAACUCUAUGUAAGAAAUUUAGUUGAGAGAGAAACACAAAAGAAAUCAAAAGUUGUAGCGGUUCCAACUACUCAAACAAUUACGGAAAAAAUUGAUACUCACAAAGUGAAAAAUGAACCAUCUAGCCCACAGGUUAUAGCUAAGAAGGAAGCAAAUCAGCUGGAAAGAGAAUCUUGUAAGAGUCAUGACAAAACAAGUGGUCGAGAAAAAGAUAACGACAAUAUCGCAGCGCUUAUUGUUAAGAACACAAGGAAUAAGAAAAAACAAUUCUUGAGUAAAAGAAAGCAAUCAGAGCGUAAAAGAGAGAAGUUGAAAGAGAAAUCUAGCUUUUUUACGUCAUUAGCUUCCUUGUUCAAUUGGGUGUUCGAUGAUACUGAUCUAGAUAUUGAUGAGCCAACUAAACUUCCAGUUGAAGAAACACCAUUUAAGGAUGAAAAGAAAAUUUCUAAGCAUCGUGAUGAAGAGGUUAAGAGUGAAAAGAAAAAUAAGAGAGAUAGUUUCAUUUCUACAAGUUCAACCAAAGUUGCUGGUAUUGAUAUCGAUCCACGAGAUGUCUUAGAAGACACACGCUCACCUUUGGAGAGGGUACAACAGUUAGAAGAAGAAUUAAAGAAAAUUAAGUUACAAAAUGUUGAACUAAUAAAACUUCUUGAAUUUAAUUCAAAUUUGAACAUUAAUGAAAUAAUAUUUGAAAAAAUAGAAGAACUUGAAAUAUCAAAAAGAGAGGAAAAAGAGCGUACAGAAAAAAGGCUAGAAUCCAUUCAAGCUGUUCUAAGAAAUAUGGAAAUGUUUUUGUCUAACCUAAACCUUCCAAAUUUCAAUCAUUAUCCCACUGAAUAUAAGAAUAAGAAUAAACAUAGCAAUAAAAAUGGUAAACGUAUCCAUCGUAUUUCUGACGCAGAUUUACAACUCUUAGCAGAAUUAGAUCCAACUUGGGAAGGGCAACACCAUUUGUCACCAUGUAAAAACCCCAAUGAGGAAAAAUUACCAAAGAAGGAGAAAGAAAAAGAAAAUCAAGCUUUAGAGUUAAUACAACAUCAAAAUGGCAAUAUCAAUGGAUUAGAAAACAAAAUAAGAUUGAUGCAAUAUGAUGAUGGAAAUAAUAAUAUACUAGUCAAUAUCCAUCCAGACUUCAAUGAAAACCAACCCCGUAAAGAUAGAACAGUUUCUAAAACUGGGUUAAACUUAAAUGUUCAAGUUGUAAUAUAA